GCUACUCCAAGCACGCACGCACACAAGUCAUGGGGUGCACUAAACUUUUUUGGGUUCUUUUUUCCUCUUGUGUUUUGGCUGCUCAAGCUGGGCUGGCCAUCGAAAAUGAGAACUCAUCAGGUUUUAGCUAUGGAGAUGCACUUGGCAAAGCAAUCUUAUUUUUUGAAGGGCAACGCUCCGGGAAGUUGCCUGCUGACCGGCGAGUAAAAUGGAGGGCAAAUUCUGCACUUUCUGAUGGCCAGCCUAAUAAUGUGAGUUUAAUAGGAGGCUAUUAUGAUGCUGGUGAUAAUGUUAAAUUUGGAUGGCCAAUGUCAUAUACUGUUAGUUUAUUGAGUUGGGCUGCAACUGAGUAUCAGAAAGAGAUAUCUUCUGUCAACCAGCUUGGUUACCUCAAGGGUGCAAUCCGCUGGGGCUCUGACUUCCUUAUACGAUGUCAUACUUCAUCCACCACAUUCUACCCGCAGGUGGGAGAUGGAAAUGCUGAUCACCAAUGCUGGGAACGCCCAGAAGAUAUGGACACCCCUCGAAAACUUUACAAGAUAACUCCUAAUUCACCAGGCACUGAGGCUGCAGCUGAGGCCGCAGCUGCUCUCGCUGCUGCUUCACUUGUGUUUAAGGCUGUUGACUCCAGAUAUUCUGCCAAGUUGUUAAGCCAUUCACGAUCACUGUUUGAAUUCGCAGACAAGUACAGAGCAUCUUAUCAAGCUUCUUGCCCUUUCUACUGCUCCUUCUCAGGCUAUCAGGAUGAGUUAUUGUGGGCUGCAUCUUGGCUAUACAAAGCAGGUGGAGAAUGCAAGUACUUGAGUUAUGUCUCCAGCAAUAGUGGCUGGAGUCACGCAGUGUCUGAGUUCAGUUGGGACAACAAACUUGCUGGAGUUCAGACAUUACUUGCAAAGGAAUUCUUUGCUGGGAAUAAGGAUUUGGAUAAGUUUAAGACUGAUGCAGAGUCAUUUAUAUGUGCAUUGAUGCCUGGGAGUAGUUCUGUGCAGAUUAGAACAACUCCAGGUGGGCUUCUGUAUACUAGAGAUAGCUCUAAUCUGCAGUAUGUCACCAGCUCCACCAUGUUGCUUUUUAUCUACUCCAGAACAUUGACUGCACGCCAUAUCAGUAGGCUCCAAUGUGGCUCUGUACAUUUCUCUGCCUCUCAUAUCCGAGCCUUUGCAAAAUCACAGGUGGACUAUAUACUUGGAAAUAACCCAAUGAAGAUGUCAUAUAUGGUGGGCUUUGGCAGCAAAUACCCAACCCAAAUACACCAUAGAGCUGCAUCCAUCCCUUCAAUCCAAGUUCACCCAGAAAAGGUGGGCUGCAAUGAUGGUUUCUCAAGCUUUUACUCAAUUAACCAACCAAAUCCAAAUACACAUGUGGGUGCCAUUGUUGGAGGCCCUGAUUCAAAUGAUCAAUACAAAGAUUUGAGAUCGGACUACUCUCAUGCUGAACCUACCACCUAUCUGAAUGCAGCCUUUGUGGGUUCAGUGGCUGCUUUAAUAACCAAGACAGGAAGCGAAGCAAAGUGCUCAGGACUGUUGCAGGAAACCGGCUAGCACCAAGAAAUUGGUUGAUCAAAUGUAACUAAUCACAAAAAAUUAGUACUAAUAAAGCCCUUAUUCAUGGGAUCAAGUAAUUAAUUAAUGCACAACGAUAAACUUUGUCACUA